AUGUCGGAUUGCCACGAAGAGGAGCGAUGCGUCUCAGUGGGGCGCAUUCGCCACCAUCGCAAGCGUCUACGCUCCCCCCCCCCCUCCAUGGCCAGCUCCGACGAUGCGAGGAACAAGUUCUACGAGAACCUACACCAACUUCUGGCGACUGUGGCGAAGGCGGAUGAAUUUACUGUCCUUGGUGACUUCAGUCCCCGCGUCGGCAAGGACCAUGCUGCCUGGAUUCCCACGGUCUCGGCGGCUCCAAUGCCAAGGCCUGUUCCUUCUACGAACCUGUGCAGAACGCCGCCUCAUUCUGACCAACAUUAUUCCUUCUUUUUCCGAUGCAGGAGAACUUGAUGUGGAUGCUCCCAAGGUCGCGAUACUGGCACCUGCAGAAAAAUCUAUUCGUCAGGAGGCGGGACCAGCAAGACGUGCUGGUGACGAAGACGAUCUCUGA